CAUGGCUUAUGUGGCCCACUCUGGGAUGGCUGCAGAGAAUAUUGAUUCAGCUGUCAGCACCAUCGUGCCAAAACUACGGGUUAGAAAGGACCGUUGAUAAAGGUCAUCCACUUGAAAAGUCAAUCAGUGGCUCUGCCCAUCUACACCUCUAACCUGAGUAACCUGACCCUUAUAGAUGAAACACAGAAACAGACCCGCGCAGCCAUGGAUGCCAAGGUGAUCCCUUACAAGACACUGAGGACUGAGUACAAGCCCUUUGAAGACAAACGACGGCUGCUGGGGAACUUUGACAUGUUUCUUUCAGACGACCGCAUUCGCCGCCUGCUGUCCUCGCACAUCGGCAAGCACUUCUACGAGAGAAAGAAGGAGCCUUUGUCAUUGAACCUGCAGAGCAAGAAGCUGGCCUUGGACAUCCAGAGAACCAUCCAGGGAACAACAACCUCCAUUUCUAUGAAAGGCUGCUACUGCAUGGCUUAUGUGGCCCACUCUGGGAUGGCUGCAGAUGAAAUAGCAGAGAAUAUUGAUUCAGCUGUCAGCACCAUCGUGCCAAAACUACGGGUUAGAAAGGACCGUUGAUAAAGGUCAUCCACUUGAAAAGUCAAUCAGUGGCUCUGCCCAUCUACACCUCUAACCUGAGUAACCUGACCCUUAUAGAUGAAACACAGAAACAGACCCGCGCAGCCAUGGAUGCCAAG